AUGAGCGGACAACUCGAGACCGACAACCCCAGCUUCGUCCUGCACGGCGUCGAAGAUGUCACGUACGAGAACCGCCCCGUCCCAGACAUCUCUGGUGACCAGGUCCUUAUUCAGAUCAAAAAGACCGGUAUCUGCGGCUCGGACGUGCACUAUCUCCAGCACGGCGGUAUUGGCCCCUUUGUCGUCGAAUGCCCCAUGUGUCUUGGCCACGAGUCUUCUGGUGUUGUCGUCAAGCUCGGACCCGAUGUCAAACCUAUCCAUGGACUCAAGGAAGGAAGUAGGGUGGCGCUCGAGCCCGGAGCAUGCUGCAGGUCUUGUGCCGACUGCAAAGCUGGACAGUACGAGCUAUGCCAAUACAUGAAGUUUGCUGCCACCCCGCCUUCCAUCUACGGUACUCUCUGUCGCUACUACGCCCUGCCAGCCGAUCUCGCCCACCCUAUCCCCGAGUCCGUCUCCUUUGAAGAGGGCGCCAUGAUCGAACCUCUCGCCGUCGGUGUCCACUCGGUUGCCAACCUUGGCGGAUUCAAGUCUGACCAGACCAUCAUCGUCUUUGGAUGCGGCCCCGUUGGUUUGCUUUGUAUGGCUGUCGCCAAGGCCCUCGGUGCGAGGAGGGUGGUGGCGGUAGACAUCAACCAGGAGAGGUUGGAGUUUGCCAAGAGCUAUGCUGCUACCGACAUUUUCAUCCCCGGCCCAAAGAAUGAGGGCGAGGAUGGGGAUGCGUACACUGCCAGGGUAGCUGCCGAGCUCCAGCAGACGCUCAACAUUCCCGAGCGAGGCAAGGGUGCUAUUGAUCUCGCUAUCGAAGCCUCUGGUGCUCCUCCUUGCGUUCAGCUCGGGCUCGCCGUCCUGAAACCUGCCGGAACAUACGUGCAAGUCGGUAUGGGCGCCAAGAUGACAGUCCCGGUCCCUCUCUUCUACAUCAUCUCGAAACAGAUCCGCGUCAUCGGCUCUUUCCGCUACGGCUCUGGCGACUAUCCCCUCGCCGUCUCGCUCGUCGAGAGGGGGUUGGUCAAGUUGCAACCGCUUGUGACACAGAGGUUUGCAUUUGGAGAGGCCAAGGAGGCGUUUGAAAUAACAAAGUUGGGCAAGGCCAGGGAUGGGAAGGGAGUUAUCAAGUGUAUCAUUGAUGGGCCGGAGUAG